AUCAGAUCGACACCAAAGGCUAGCACUGCAGACCGAAAAUGGGUUAGAGGGAGGAGAUGGCCGGAUUAUUCAUUCGCGUACACCACUUUGAAAGGAUGGGGAGCUGGGUUUUCAAUGUUAAUGCAGAAAACAUUAAAGAAGAAGAAACAGGAUAAAAGACUGCUUUUUUGUCCCCCCUUUUUUCUUUCUUUUUUUUGAGAAAUGAUUGCAGAGUUGGUGUGCAGCGCUGUGGCUGUGGUCCUCUAUUUCAAUACUCUGGGUGCUGAUUUCUGCUACGAUGACAGGGGAUGCAGGGGACCAGCCCCCCUCACUUUUUUAAUGAUGAGGAAAUGUCCCUGCCAUGGAUCGUUUGUGUGGUGACAUCACAGGCCAGGAAAUGCAGAGACACAGUCUGCCGUGCUAUCAAAACCAACCAGGACCUGCUGCCGGAAACCCCCUGGACGCACAUUUUCUACAACGACUUUUGGGGGACCCUGCUUACCCACAGUGGCAGCCACAAAUCCUACCGCCCACUCUGCACUCUCUCCUUCCGCCUUAACUAUGCUGUGGGGGGCCUGGAGCCCUGGGGCUACCACCUUGUCAAUAUUCUGCUUCAUUGCUGUGUCACAGGCCUCUUCACCUGCCUCUCACGUCUCCUUCUCGGGGGCGGCCACUGGACCCUGAUGGCGGGGCUGCUCUUUGCCUCGCACCCUGUGCAUACGGAAGCUGUGGCAGGGAUUGUGGGCAGGGCGGACGUUGGCGCUGCCCUCUUCUUCCUGCUUUCACUGCUUUGCUACAUGCGACACUGCUCCCUGAGGGGGCAAUCUGCCCACUGCCUGCCCUGGCUGCUGGGCAGCUUUGCCUGCGCGGCCUGCAGCAUGCUGUGGAAAGAACAAGGGGUGACUGUCUUGGCUGUCUCAGCAGUUUAUGAUGUCUUUGUGUUCCACGGGCUCAAAUUUCAUCAGGUCAUCUCACUUAUUUUUAAGAAAAAUAAUACUUCCCUGCUUCUCAGUGUGAGCUCCUUGGCCACCUGGGGUGCCAGCUUAUUGGUUGCCCGCUUGUACUGGAUGGGCAACAAGCCACCCAGCUUCUCCAACUCAGAUAACCCAGCGGCUGACUCACAUAGCCUCUUGACAAAGACGCUGACGUUCUUCUACCUGCCUUCCGUCAACAUGUGGCUGCUGCUGUGCCCGGACACCCUGAGCUUUGAUUGGUCCAUGGAUGCUGUGCCUCUACUCAGGAACGUUGGUGAUUGGAGGAACCUUCACACUGUGGCCUUUUAUGUUGGAUUGCUACUCCUGUCUUGGGUCAGCCUCAGGAGUCCCUCAAGGGUCAAAGAGACCAAUGGGAAAGCAUAUGUAGUGAAUGGGAUACAUACAAGCACAAACAGGAAGCAUACAGGCACAAACGGGCACAGUUGUCACACAAACAUGGGGCUCCCAAACUCGGGGUCUCAUACUGUAAAAAGUACUGAGAAUGGUAUAAAAAAUCAUGUUAUUCCAAGGACGUCACUGCCCACUACAGAAAACGUAGUGGUCUUCUCUUUGGGACUAUUGAUGGUGCCCUUUCUCCCUGCCACUAAUUUGUUUUUCUAUGUGGGUUUUGUAAUAGCAGAGCGUGUCCUCUACAUACCCAGCAUGGGCUUCUGCUUGCUGGUGACUGUGGGCAUGAGGGCCCUUUACAUCAAAUUCAGGAGAAGGUUCUUGAAGAGCCUUCUGUUGUAUUGCACUGCCACUUUGGUCCUUUUGUAUGGGAUAAAGACAGUGUUGAGGAACCAAGACUGGCAGGAUGAGGAGAUGUUAUACAAGUCAGGGAUAAAUGUAAACCCAGCAAAAGCAUGGGGUAACCUUGGGAAUGUCCUCAAGAGCCAGGGCAAGAUGGCAGAGGCUGAACAGGCCUAUAGAAACGCCUUGUACUACCGCAGCAACAUGGCUGACAUGCUGUAUAAUCUAGGUUUGCUGCUGCAAGAAAACAAUAAGUUCUCUGAGGCACUGCUCUACUAUAAGCUGGCAAUUGGUAGCAGGCCUACAUUAGCGUCUGCAUACUUGAAUACAGGGAUCAUCCUGAUGAACGAGGGAAGGCUAGACGAAGCCAAGCGAACGUUCCUGACAUGCGCUGAAAUCCCAGAUGAAAACCUGAAGGACCCUCACGCACACCAGAGCUCUGUAACCAGCUGCCUAUACAACCUGGGGAAGCUCUUCUAUGAGAGAGGGCAGAUAGAGGAGGCCCUGUCAGCAUAUAAAAAAGCAAUACAGAAGAUGCCAAGACAGUUUGCAGGCCAGAGCCUAUAUAAUAUGAUGGGAGAGGCCUACAUGAGGCUGAACAAACUGACAGAAGCUGAACACUGUUACCGGGAGUCGCUGCGAGCCAAGCCUGACCAUAUCCCAGCUCACCUCACGUAUGGAAAGCUACUGGCUAUCACAGGACAUAAGCUUGAAGCAGAACGAUACUUUCUGAAGGCAAUUCAGCUGGACCCCACAAAGGGAAAUUGCUAUAUGCAUUACGGUCAGUUUUUGUUGGAAGAAUCCCGCUUACUCGAAGCAGCUGAGAUGGCAGGGAAGGCCGCAGAGCUUGACAGCACAGAGUUUGAUGUGGUCUUUAAUGCAGCCCAUAUGCUCAGACAAGCCAGUCUCAAUGAAGCAGCUGAGAAAUAUUAUCGACUUGCAGCAGGCCUACGACCCGAUUAUCCAGCUGCCUUGAUGAACCUUGGGGCCAUCCUCCAUCUCAAUGGAAAACUGCAAGAGGCAGAAGUGAAUUACCUGCAAGCUCUUCAACUCAAACUAGAUGACACGAUCACUCAGUCCAACCUUCGCAAACUGUGGAACAUCAUGGAGAAACAAGGGCUAAAGACUUUGGGCACAUCGACGGGCUUUGAAGUUGAACAUUAUCCAUGAAAUCAAGAGAGGAAAACAACAUAUACAAAAAAACAGGAAGCCACAUGGUGGAAAUCAUGUGUUAAACUGGCCCUCUGAGGUGUUAAAAUAGUCCUUUCUAAUGAGUUCUUUCCAUGUGAUACAGUAUCUGAAGACGGUUCCUCAUGUUAAAUUAACGGUUAAAGACUUUAUUAAGAAGCUUCCCAGGAACUGUGUGUAAAACGGGAGCACUUAACUUGAAGCAGGACAUUGCUUCAUACUUAAAAUCUUGUUGUAAAGCUGAUAUGGAUUUGCAAUCGUUGUUUAGUUCUCUUGAGACAUUGAGCCGUCCAGGGACGGUGCAUGUGUAUACAAAAACAGUGAGAGCUUAUAUUAAACCCCCAGGCGUGCAAUAGUAAACAUAGGUUUGUGUCUGUAGUUUGCUAAAUUAAUCCCAAAAGCUGUGGUUUCAUGAUGUCAAUAGAUAGCUUUUCAAUUUGAUGGUUUUCAUUGACAUUGCCAAGCCUUUACACCAGGGCUUCCCAACCCUGGUCCUGGGGACCCCCUAUGUCUUCUGGUUUUCAUUCCAACUUAGCUCUCAGUUACUUAACUUGACCCUUAAUUGAACUAAUAAUUUGCUUAAUUAGACCUUUUUAAUUGUUCUCAGCUCCUAAAAAGUUGAAAAGCAUAAUAUUAUUACAUUUACUGCCAUGUUACAUUUACUGUGAACAUUUGAUACCUACCAGUCCUCCAGUGGUAUGACAUUGGCCUAGACAAAAUGGAAGAUAGUCCAGAAUAUUCUUAAGAUAAAACAAUUCUGUUGUGAAGAAAGGAACUCAUCUAGCCAUGUUUGGUACACAUUUGUAUGGAUUUUCUUUCUCACAAAAUGGUUGCUUUAUAAAUUAAAAGAAAUGAUUAAUGCCAUACUAUGAGGUUUAAAAGUUUUAGAGACAGGAGAUAUGUACAGGAGAUUAAAGUAAAAACAGAUGUUUUGCUAUGGUCAGGUAUUACAGUCUGAUUUGACACUGCACCCUGAAAUAUUAUUUUUUUUAAAAAUUAUAAAUACAAAAAAUAAUCCUGGGUAUUAUCACUUCACUUAAAUAUGUAUUAAGUCAUAAUGUUGAAAUGGGAAUUUGUAGGACAUGUGCCUCUGUUCACACAUGCAAGCAAUGGGGGUUUGCUGGGUCUAUGAAGCUGAAGGAUUAACCUCUAUCCUUAUGUACUGUCAGAUAUAUUCAUGUCUACUUUGCUUAAAACUUGAUUAUAGUAGAGUCUAAAGCCAUGACUGAAUACAGUUCUAACCAAAUGACUAUUACACUCAUUUCAUAAUGCACAAAUCAUAUAACUAUUCUGGGUUUGUUUAAAUGUAUUUUUCUUUUUCAUUAUUGUCAAAUCCUUGUAUUCCUGUGUAUAAAAACAAAACACACUUUAAUAUAUAAAGCCAUCUGCAUGUAUAUCGCAGCCACAAUUAGUCAAAUUGAUCAAGGGCAGUGAAUCUUCAAGGAGGGAACGGAAAAAAAAAAUGUUCAAAUGGUUUCCCAGCAUUUAACUUAUUAUUAUGGUCCCCUCGAUUAUGAAAGUAACCAGUUUUGCUAACGCCUCUGUUUUCAUCACAGCAAUAGAUCUUCAUUUGAUACUGUUUGAUCUGCAGCUGGCAUCAAUGACAACUCGCGAAAUGAGACUGGUUGAAAUAUAUGAAUGGUCCCUUUUGAAUUCCCCACUACUGUGCCCUUUGGAAUGCAUAAUCUUGGCAUUAUAUUAGCAACUGUACAGAAUACCUUCUACUGUAUGUAUAUGCCAUAGUCACUGUUGUGUGGUUCUAUUUUAUUUAUUUAUUAUACCCAAUGUACAAAGAGCUAAAAAAAAAACAAAAAAACAAUUCCAGCUCUUAUAAAAGUUUACCAAAGUAAAACUACAGUGAAAGGGUGUUAAAACAUAGGUGGGCAUUGUAAAGAAUAGCAGGGUAGGUUAAAGCAUAUUAAUAAACAGGACAAAACAGGGUAAACUGUAGUAAACCAUAGGAAAAGCAUGGUAGAACUGUAAAAAUACCAUGCAAAAAUACUAUGGCAAACUUUUAUAAGGGAGUAUAUCUUACAGAAUAUAUAUUGUCAUGAUACUGUAUUUAUUUUCGAAGCCACAGUAUAAAAGGACAAAAUGUACCUAUUUCUUCAUGCAGAUAUUUAAAUGCUGCACAUCCACCACAUUCCUGCAUUCUACUUAAAGAGGUCACCUGAAGUAAAGCAGCACAGACUUGUAUAUACCGGUAAUUGAAAUAUAAAUCUGCACAAAGCAGAAACGUGUGAACCCUUGGAAAAGCAGCAGUUGGUUAUGGUACUGAAAGCAUGUGAUGGCGAUUUGGUAAGAAUUCUUUUCUUAGCUCUAUGUACUUACAUGUGCCUGCAGUGAACCACAAUCCUGCCACAGAUACAAAUAAAUAAGAAGCAGGUAAACCUAAAUAAUUUAAUCUCUGCAUAGAAAAUACCUUAAUGGUUCUCAUGUUUAGGAUUUAUGUUGUUUUGGUUAGUUCAUUGUACUUGACGGGACAGCUGCAGCUUUGAUUGAACAUUUUGUUGUUUAGAAUUACAAUUCCCCAUUGUCACAUCCAGUGUUACGCUCUCAUGAUUACAGUAAGCAUGCUCAUAGCACUAUUAUUAGAAGGUCAUGUAUGCCCGAUAUAUGAUAUAGUGCAGAAUUGUUUGUGCUUCCUAUUCCUUGAACUUUGUGUGGCUUUUAGAGUUAAUACAUGCUUUCUACUUCAAAAGGAACAUCGAAUUUUCAUGUGUGGUUGUAGAAAUGGUUGAGUCAAUGUGGACACUGCGUUUUCCGUAGCAAUGAUAGCUGGGUCUGUCACAAAGUAAAACAUUUGACCUAUCCUGUGCUUCGCUCUGCUUCAAUAUAACAUGCUAAUUCUACUUGUGGAGAAGCUAUUUAUAUAUAUUAAAAAAAAAAAAGUUAGCCAUUACAAUAUGUGUCUCUGCUCAGGGAUCUCAAAUGCUGGGUUAUUGCAGACAGUGCGUAAAGGAGCACAUGGUAAGUUUACUAAAUUCAAAGUUUUAUUUUUGGAAAAUUGUUGUAUUUGUAUAAAUAAAUUAGAUUUGUAGGCUUUCCUUUUGUAAGAUAAGAACAAAUAAUUAUGUGCCAGAUUAGAUUUUCACAGAUUUCACAGAUGUUCUUUUUCCACAAUAAAGCAAUGGUAACUUGCAUUCA